AUGAGAGGAAACUGGCAUAUCCGUAAUCUCUGCAAUUGCUGUUUUCCCCGGGCCUCGUCGUCCUCGUCGAGGGCACGGACAACCGUUGCUGAAAAUACCGGUUCAGACAAUCUACAACAACAGUCAUCAUCAUCAUCAAAAUCGCCUCGCUUCCUAGUCAAGAACCCGGCCAUCCGUCGGGUGCAACAAUUCUGGAAAAUGGCGGCAACGAAGUCCGGGAUAACAAUGUUGUUAACCGGCACGCGCUCGCCGAACAGUCCCGGUGUAUUAUUCGAGCUACCGAUGGAGCUUUUUAACGAAAUAAUGUCGUAUUUGGACCGUUCGGAUCUGGCGAAAUUGUCGAGUUGUUGUAGGGCCAGUCGGAAUUUACUUUCCAGGGAUGUGUUUGGGCAUCUGCCUGAGUCGCUGACGUUGGAUAAGAAGGAAGGGGUGCUUAAGCCGUUUCCGGGAUUGUCGAGUUUGAGGCAUUUGCAUUCGUAUUUUAGCUAUGUAGUUCUAAAACCCCCCAUCUCCUACGACUACACAAACGUCACCUCCCCUCUUCAACUCACAAAAAUCUACGAAUACGUCGAAACAAUAAAAUACUUCCCAAACAUCGACCGUCUCUGGAUCUGCUGGGAGCUUCCCAUAGACUGUAAAGACACAGACGCGGACGCCUACCGUGAAGCACUAAUAAACGGGAUUCUAGAACGCCUGGUAACAUACGACUUCUGGCCGAAGCUCAACCUUUUCGGUUUGGAAAGAUAUAAAUCCAUCACUGGGAGUGAAUUUAGACACAAAGAACAGGUCUCGGUUUCUUGGCAUUUCGGGGGCAUUAGGGUGUUCAGGCAGCCGAAAGAACUAGCGAGGGGGGUUCCGGAGAGGUAUAUUAAAGCUUCGAGUUGUAAGGAAGAAGGCCAUGGUGGCGGGUGUAGCUGCUUUGCACCGGGAUUUCAGACCACGUAUAUGGAGGUUAAAAGGUUUGGAUUCGGAGAGGCAGCGGCGGUAGGGGGAAGGUGGGGAAUGGGUAGGGAGGAUGUAGUGCUAUUGAAUACUUUGGAUGUUCAUACAGAUACAUUUGUAGGGACACCUUUUGAAGAGGGGGGUGAAGAGGGCGAAGGGAUUAUCGGCGGUGGAAGCGAAAGUGAAGUCGAGGGCGAGGACGGCACAAGCUCAAGCUCAGAAGAAGAAGGCGUCGAUAGUGAAAGUAGCGACGACGAAAAUGAAGGAGGGGAAGGAAGCGCCAAUAACGAAAAUACACCGACCGUACCUCCAGAACCAAUCUUCAAAUCCGGGUUGAUAUAUCCAUUCGUCAAAAAACUCGUCAUGUCAGUCAAAACCGGAGUCACAAGGCAAAAUAUCGUAGAACUAGCCUGGAGAUGUCCAAAUGUUUCACAUUUAAGAAUCGACGGAGAACUUCUGACAGAGUGGAACAUUCCAAACGGCGGGAACGGUCACGCCUACCAACAAGAUGAAGUCAUCUACAGUGAACUCAUGGGGUUCAAAAGUUUGGAAACGGCAGUUAUACCCUGGCCGUCAAUAGGCGGUGGAUCGAGCUCAGACAAAACGGGGGUAGCUACGGAUUUCAAACAAGCUGAGGAGUCGAUUACUACGUGGGGGGAGGUUGGAGGGCUGAGGUUGCUGAGAUAUGUUAGUUUUGUGAAUAAUUGUAAGAAGUAUCCGAGUUCACACUGGAGUAGAACGUAUGGUAUUUCGUGGGAAGAAGGUGGGAAACGGUGUACGGUUGGAUAUGUAUCAGAGUGUUUAAACGACGAAUCCGCUGGGUUUGCUGACCCGUAG